CUUUGGGAUGAUCCCAAUUCCCUCGGGAUCAAUUCCAGCCCCUCCAGAUCCUUUCAGGAUCAAUUCCAGCCCCCUGGGAUCCCCUCAGGAUGAUCCCGAUACCUUGGGAUCAAUUCCAGCCCCCCGUGAUCCCUUUGGGAUGAUCCCAAUUCCCUCAGGAUCAAUUCCAGCCCCUCUGGACUCUGUAGGAUGAUCCCAAUCCCUCGGGAUCAAUUCCAGCCCCUCUGGAUCCCCUCGGGAUGAUCCCAAUUCCCUCAGGAUCAAUUCCAGCCCCUCGGGAUCCCUUUGGGAUGAUCCCAAUUCCCUCGGGAUCAAUUCCAGCCCCUCCAGAUCCUUUCAGGAUCAAUUCCAGCCCCCCGGGAUCCCCUCAGGAUGAUCCCAAUCCUUCAGGAUCGAUUCCAGCCCCUCUGGAUCCCCUCGGGAUGAUCCCAAUUCCCUCAGGAUCAAUUCCAGCCCCCCGUGAUCCCUUUGGGAUGAUCCCAAUUCCCUCAGGAUCAAUUCCAGCCCCCCGGGAUCCCCUCGUGCCGAUCCCUCAGGAUGAUCCCGAUCCCUCAGGAUCAAUUCCAGCCCCUCUGGAUCCCCUCGGGAUGAUCCCAAUUCCCUCGGGAUCAAUUCCAGCCCCCCGGGAUCCCCUCGUGCCGAUCCCUGGGGAUGAUCCCGAUCCCUGGGGAUCUCUCCCGGCAGGUCCAGGGUGAAUCCGGGUUCCGGUUCUGGAACUGGUCCCACACCUACGGCUGCAGCCCCGAGCUGCUCUUCCGGCCCCGCAACCUCCACGAGCUGCGACAGGUGGACAAGGAGAAGCUGCAGGUGAAGGUGGAAGCCGGAAUUCUGCUCUCGGAGCUGAACCUGGAGCUGGACAAACACGGGAUGGCCCUGGCCAAUUUAGGAGCCGUGGCCGAGGUGACGGCGGCCGGAGUCAUCGGAACCGGGACCCACAACACCGGGAUCGGCCACGGAAUUCUGCCCACACAGAAUUCUUCCUGGAAUUCUCCUGGAAUUCUUCCCAGAAUUCUUCCUGGAAUUCUUCACGGAAUUCCUCCAGGAAUUCUUCCCAGAAUUCCUACAGGAAUUCUUCCUGGAAUUUUCCUGGAAUUCUUCCUGGAUUUCUUCCCAGAAUUCUUCCUGGAUUUCUGCCCGGAAUUCUUCCUGGAAUUUUCCUGGAAUUUUUCCCGGAAUUCUUCCCAGAAUUUUUCCUGGAAUUCUUCACGGAAUUCUUCCCAGAAUUCUUCACGGAAUUCCUCCAGGAAUUCUUCCCGGAAUUCUUUCUGGAAUUCCUCCUGGAAUUCUUCUUGGAUUUCUUCCCAGAAUUCUUCCUGGACUUUUCCUGGAAUUCUUCCUCGAAUUCUUCCCGGAAUUUUUCCCAGAAUUCUUCCUGGAAUUUUUCCCAGAAUUCCUCCAGGAAUUCUUCCCAGAUUUCUUCCUGGAAUGGUUCCCGGAAUUCCUCCAGGAAUUCUUCCCAGAUUUCUUCCUGGAAUGGUUCCCGGAAUUCUUCCUGGAAUGGUUCCCGGAAUUCUUCCCGGAAUUCUUCCCCAAAUUCCUCCCAGAAUUCUUCCCGGAAUUCCCAGAGAAGCCCAGAAACUUUGGGAAUUUUGGAUCAGGAGNGUGGGAUGGAGAGCUGGGAAUGGAAUCCAGGUGGGAUCGGGAUCUGGGAAUGGAGCCAGGAAUGGAUCCGGGCGGGAUCAGGAAUGGAAUCCCCCCCCAAGGUUCCGGUUUUUCCCAACCCCGACAAUCCCGGAAUUCCAUGGAAUCCACGCCAGGAUUCCAUCCCCAUUCCCAUCUCAAGGAAUUCCUCGGGACGCAUUUUUCCAUGGAUAUUUUUCCCUGUGGAUCCUGCCCCGAGAUCCAACUUUUCCAAAGGCUUUUCCCAACCCUGACAAUCCCAAAAUUCCAAGGAAUCCACCCCAGGAUUCCAACUUUUCCCAAGGUUCCCACACAAUUCCAAAAUUACGUUGAAUUCCCCCAGAAUUCCAACUUUUCCCAAGAUUUUUCCCAACCCAGACAAUCCCAGAAUUCCAAGGAAUUGUUCCCACUUUUCCCAGGCUUUUCCCAACCCAGACAAUCCCAGAAUUCCCUGGAAUCCACCCCAGGAUUCCAAUUUUUCCCAACCUUUUCCCAACCCAGACAAUGCCAGAAUUCCAAGGAAUUGUUCCAAUUUUUCCAAAGGCUUUUCCC